GUUAUUCUCUCGCUGAUGCGUAUAGCGCUUGCAACGGCGACGACGCGCUUUUACUCCUCGGGCGAGGAUGGGCAAGAGUCAAGAGACGACAACGACCAGUAGGUAGUCCGACGACGGCCGGGUAACAUCAUCGCGUUUGCUGCCCUGUGGGUAUAUUUUGCAUUGGGCCGUAAAGAUAAGCGGAGAAAAGAGAGGACGUAAUAUAUAGUGUACAUGUACAACAUGUGGGGAGUGCGUGACUCCUAGUGCGGCAAGCAGGUAAAGGUCGUGCAGAGAGAAAGAGAGACAUGAGUCAAAGCUGUGAAUCCUGCGUAUCGCGAGUGAAUCUCGACGUGUUUGCCUAUUGGUCGUUGAACAAGAUUGUUAAUUGCUAUACUUAUGAAGAACAACCGCCAAACAAUAGCUUGUGCCAGCGCAGAGAGCAGUAACUUCUUCACAUCACUUAUUGUACACAAUCCAUUUACUUAUAUUUACGCAGCGUGUCUUCGCCUUUUGUAAGUACAUAAGUACAACCUUCCAUGCAACUCUCGAAGACGAUAUACCGAAGAAGAAGAAGAAGAAGAAGAAGAUAAUAUAGGAGAACAAAAGAGAAACAGAACGAACCGAAUCUGCUCCUUAUUUUUUCCCUCUCUUCUCUCUCUCUCUCUUUCUCGUUUUCUCUCUUCAAAGCGUCGUCGCACCUUUCUAGAGAGGGAUACAUAACAAUCAUCGCUGUGGUUGAGUGCCUAAUAAAGCGUGUGUGUUCCAUCGGCCAUGCAUACACGCGCGUAGCCGCAUACACAAUAUAUACAUAUACAUAGCUCGUUACUUGAAAAACGGAGUCGUCCGGUCGUCGUCGUCGUAGCAGCAUCGGUAUAUCUGUCAGUGCCUGUCCACGCAUUGUCCUUGCAGGCAAAGCAAACAGUGUACACGAAAAGUCCCGGCACGAGGACGCCAGAACGGCAUGAGAAGAGGACGCUCGAUGCAGUGAGCCCGAGGGAACCGGGUUGUGUUGUAUAUAUACGCAUCAGGAGCACUGCACGGAGCGGCAUGUAGCGCACGUCCUUUGCAACGGCUUCUAUUGGCGGAGACCAAGUUAAGUAGCAGUUACAACUUUUCGGAGCAAGCCGGCUUCCUGGGUCACAGGGACGCUGCAGCUGCUGGUACAACCCUAUCUGGCUGUCGUUGACCAGGAUGCUGACCUCGCUGGCACCAUGGCCGUGAUUGGCGAGUCCAGAUAUUAUUCCCACGUACUGGCUAAAGAAGUCAAGGAAUAUUCAACCCGUGCCAACAAAGUGAGAACAAAAUCACCUUCUGGUCGUCGAUACCAGAGGCAAAAGGUUCAUUUGAACCUUGAGAGAACUAUGUGUUCUAAAGGAGGAGAUCAAGUAGAUUUCAGUGACAAUGAUGAUUCGUACACAGACACUGAAUCUCUCAGGUAUGAGUUGAAGAACAUUCAGAGCGUCAUCAACGUGACGCGACAGAACAUCGAUGCCAUGAACAAUAGAUUCGCCGGCGAUGAAGAUCCGCCUUCGAUUUAUUUGACCGAGUACCACGAGCUCACGUCCAAGCUUCACGAGCUAGAGGCUAAGGAACGAGCGCUCAAUGACAUACUCAAUUCGACACUGGAAGUCGAGGCAGCCAUACCGACGAAUGAAGUUUCCACCUAUGAAUUACAGAGUAGUAUCAACAGUCGGCACCAGCAACAUCGCGUCAGCAUUUCCCGGCCCAAGACCCUCCGGGCGCUUUUGCCUAACCAGCAGCGCACGAGCGUACAAAUGCGCGAGGGUCUAUCCUUACGUGACGCCCUUGCCAAGCCGAUGAAGCUACGCAACCUCACGACGGAAAUGUGCGAGGUGUACAUCAUAGGCGAGGACGGCACUAAAUCUGUACAUCAGGUACCCUGGGAAAAGGACAUCUCGACCCUCGAAAGCAACACGGUCUCUGUCGAGAUCCUCGACAAGUUUCCCAUACCGAUUCAGAUAUCGCACAACUUUGUUCGCAAGACCUUUUUCUCGUUGGCGUUUUGCGAUUGCUGCCACAAACUACUGUUCCAAGGCUUCAUCUGCCGCACUUGCAGUUGGCGCUUCCAUCAGCGCUGCACGGGCGGUGUGCCAAAUCAUUGCACGCGUGCUGGCAUGGAAGACGCCUACAUAAGGUUCAUACUUGCCCAAAAUAUCGAGAGCAGAUCGGGCAUUCUACAGCUACCCACAAACUACACGUUGAAUCGGGGAAGAGUGAACCGCAAUCCUCUCGAUAGGCACCCUCGUAGUCUUGGCCACCACGACCGCUCGAGCUCCGCGCCCAACGUCUGCUUCAACAUGGUCAAGGUGCCCGGUGACUCGGAGAGCUUCAUACUCGACUACGCGAGAUCUCAGAGCUUGGGUAGGCCCGCGGCUCCUGGCACCACUCAGUCGCCAGUCUCGCCUGUUAGUAGCCCAACCAAGCACAGCCAGUCGACUCAAGCCAGUCCCACAAACACGUUGAGGCCAAAGCGACCCCGAGCCCGCUCAGCGGAUGAAAGCUCCAAGAACCUGCUGGCACCGCGCGAGUCCAUAGAAGACUGGGAGAUCCCCGCUGACGAGAUCCUUAUUGGAUCGCGCAUAGGCUCCGGCUCCUUUGGAACGGUGUACAAGGCUCACUGGCACGGACCCGUCGCUGUCAAGACCCUCAACGUUAAGAUUCCCACUCCGGCUCAACUGCAAGCGUUCAAAAACGAGGUAGCCGUGCUGCGUAAGACUCGCCACGUCAACAUCCUUCUGUUCAUGGGUUGUGUAAGCAAGCCCCGGCUGGCCAUCGUGACGCAGUGGUGCGAGAGCUCGUCGCUCUACAGGCACCUGCACGUUUUCGAAUCCAAGUUUCCGCUGCUGACGCUCAUCGACAUCGGGCGACAGACGGCUCAGGGCAUGGAUUACUUGCACGCCAAAAACAUCAUACAUAGGGACCUUAAGAGUAACAAUAUCUUCCUUCACGACGAUCUGACGGUAAAAAUCGGCGAUUUUGGAUUAGCGACCGCGAAAAUGAGGUGGACUGGUUCGCAGCAGUCCCGCUAUCCUACCGGAUCGAUUUAUUGGAUGGCACCCGAGGUUAUUCGCAUGAAGGAAGAGAACCCCUACAGCCCGGCGUCGGAUGUCUAUGCUUUUGGAGUCGUGCUGUUCGAGCUGUUUGCCGGACAGAUGCCCUACACGAACAUCAAUAACUCGGACCAGAUCCUGUUCAUGGUGGGCUGUGGUACCUUACGUCCGGAUCUGAGUAAAAUACGCUCGGAAACGCCAAAGCUGCUGAAGCAUUUAACAGAGGAUUGCAUCAAGUUUUCGAGGGACGAGCGACCGAGUUUUCAUCAGAUCCUCGUGAGCCUGGAGAACCUGUUGCGUACUGUGCCGAAAAUCACGAGGUCCACGUCCGAGCCAAAUCUAAACAGAACUCAUUUGCAGAGCGACGAUUUUCUUUUUACGUGCGCGUCACCAAAGACACCCGUCAACUUUCAGUUUGGAGCUUUUCCGUUUUAUCCAAGUGGUGGAAACAUAUGAAAGCGCGAGAAACUCUGGAUCCAAGACACGACGACCACAACUGCGAGCUGUGUAACCGAGAUAUACAAGGCAUUUUUGCAGUUGCACCGAGACUGGAGCAAUCAUUGCGCGAGACAGGCAUAAACUUUCGUUCGUAUAACGUACAAGUUACAACGUCGGAUGAGAAUAACAAAAGAGGGGGAUGUAUACUUUCUGUGGACAGUAGCAAGAGUUAUUGCCAUUCACGAGACUCUGCAUUUCAGGAGUGAGUUCGAAACAGGAAGUUACUUACAUGAAUUUAUUAUAUUGAUAUAUUUCUCCUUUAUGCGCUUGAUUUUUCGGGAUUGUGAACAUAAUUUUCUAAUUGUAAAUACAUUUGCACUGUUGGAUUGUA